AUGAUUUCCGUUCAACGAUAUUGGUCCCGAAAACCAGGAGAUGGCUGUGUCUAUAUCUAUUGGAGUGCUCUUCACGGUAAUUUUAUGAUUACAUUAACAAAUGAGCAGUUGGAUGAUCGAAAUUAUUCACACAAUUCGAAUAUUUUGACAUGUUACAUUGCACCUAAUGAUUCUUAUGUCGAAUUGUAUAGUUACAUAAGUACCUUUCCUCCCUCAUUACAUGAUGUUGUGAUUCAAAGACGCAGUUUUAAAAUCAGUACGAUGUCGUUUCAUAGAGGUUGUAAUACGGAUGAUUUUAUCGGCUAUUGUUUGAGAAUGAAUCGUGACACGAGCGAUGUUUCGCUUAUGCACACUGGAUCUAAUGGUAUAUACAAUCAUUCUGAACUAAGCUGCAAAUUUCAGAAGUCUGAAUUAAACUUAAAAACGUUACAAUACAUAAAUAUUAGCACUGGUUCAAAUUCAGUUACAUUUAAAAACUUGACUGUGAAAUACAAAGUAGUUCCUGCACUUCACGUUUCAUUUGAUAAAACAUUUAACACUACCACUCACAAUAAAGAUGUUAAAUUAUCAGUAGCAGUUUCAAACGAUGGAAUCAGGCAACAUUAUCUGCGGUCAUCAUCACCGACAUCCAAAACCCUUGUGCAGAACUUUGUCGACGUUGUCAGCAGGAGCGCACAGAACGUUAUCGAUGUUUUCGGCACGCGCUAUGGCCCUUUACCAGCUUGCCGUGAUUCAUUCAAUUGUUCAUUACACCAUGCGACCGAUGCUGACAGUCACAAUUCAAAAUUUUCUCACCCAUGUCGUUAUGCGGAUGCAUGCCGAGACAUCAGAAAUUCACAACAUCUUGUUCAAUUCACACAUGAAAAACGUGAUGUUCAAAAUCGUAAGUAUGGAGAAUCAUGUUACAACAUUGCCGAUCCAAUUCAUCGACGGGAGUUUAGACAUUCAGGUUUACCCGAUUUUCUCAUUCCGUGUUGGUUCAAAAAUCAUUGUUCAAAUAAUUCAAAAGAACACAGAAAGAAUUAUUCACAUGGUGAAUUCGUUACUUCAACUCAUGUUCCGUCAAAACCGAAUCGCAUUGCUUGGAGGUAUGGUGAACAAUGUAAAGAAAUGAACAAUCCAAAGUACCUAAGCGAUUUUCAUCAUGAUAAACCAAUUUCCUCAUCGAAACAACCGAUUUCUACGUUGAAAUCAAAUCAAUUUAUUAUUAAUAAUAGUUCUCAUAAGUUUCAAAAUAACGAUCAUAAUAAUACGAGUGAAAAUUCAUUUGUUGUUAAUGACAAUCUUAGUAGUUUUCGCACUUACAAUCAAAACGAAACAGGUAGACCGAGUACAAAUCCAUCUAGUGCUAGUAACACUCGUCAUAGUUUUGGGAACAACGAUGAAAGCGAAACUGGUUAA